AUGAGAAACACCAAAAGAAAAAAAAGUACAAAAUGUUGGGUUAAAGAAGCUGUGUUUGAUAAUGCCGUUAAAGCUGAAGUAUCACUUGGAAAUACAUGGUCAAAACAUUAUACAAACUAUUCAGAUAUUGGAAGAAAAGUUUAUUACAGAUGUAGAAAAUCAAAACUGCGUGGUCCUCAAUGUAGUGCAGGUAUUUAUUUGUUAUAUCAUGCAGAGAGUGAUCAAGUUUCCAUUUAUAAAACCGAAACUGACCACGACCAUCAUGAAGGAAAAGUGCGUGGUAUUGAUGAAAAUGUAAAUAAAUGUAUUGAAGAUUUAUUUAAUGAUGGUAUAACGAAACCAAAACAAAUUAUUCGUGCAUUACAAACAAGAAAUUUUGAAUUACCAUCAUAUGUACAAAUUAAAAAUUUUCUUGUUCAAUAUAAAAAAACGAAAUUUGGUUCAUAUAUUGUAAGUUUAGGUGAAUUAGAACAAUGGUGUAAACAGAAUAUUAAUAUUUCAACUGACGAAAAUAAAUACUUUGUUGUUUCAUAUAAAAUAAUGUACAAUGAUGAAGAAGAUGUUGAUGGAAAUAAAUUUCGUGUAUUUUUAUCAACUGUACGCUUGCUCAACAUUGCAUCAAUAUCAUCACAUAUACAUGCUGAUGCAACAUAUAAAUUAAUUUGGCAAGGUUUUCCAGCACUUAUAAUUGGAACGACUGAUUUAAAGAAGGUUUUUCAUCCAUUUGGUUUAGCUAUAUGUUC